AUGGCAACUAAAGCAAUCGCUGUCAUCGCAGGAGUCGGCCCUGGAACAGGCGCUUCCAUAGCUCGCCGCUUCUCCCGGACAUAUCCUGUGGCUCUUCUGGCUCGCAAUCCAAAGAACUACGAGGGUGUCAUCGAGGACAUCACCAGCAGUGGCGGACAAGCAAUCGGCAUCAGAGCAGAUGUCUCGAAUGCCAGCGAUGUCAAACAAGCAUUUGCGGAUAUCGACAAGGCGUUUCCUGGCAGCUUGCUUGCAGCCGCCAUUUACAAUGUUGGCGGUGGAUUAACCGUGAAGCCAUUCCUUGAGCUUAGUGAAGAUGACUUCACUCAGGGCUUCAAAACUACCGGGUACCCAAUAACUCCUUCUAAUCCUUUAUCCUAUGGCAUUGUGAUCGUUCAAAGGCUGGGAGGUUUUAAUUUCUCUCAGGCUGCAAUCCCUCGACUCCUACGGGCUUCAGACUUGGAACUUCCACCUACCUUGAUAUUCACUGGAGCAACUGCAAGUCUCAAGGGAAGUGCAAAAUUUUCCUCGUUUGCCGCAGGAAAGUUCUCUUUGCGGGCCGUUGCACAGUCCGUAGCUAGAGAAUUCGGGCCUCAAGGCAUUCAUGUCUGUCAUGCCGUCGUUGAUGGAGUCAUUGACACUGAGCGGACGAGUCACAUACAGUCUGGGCUUCCCGAUGCAAAGCUGGACCCUGAGGCGGUCAGUAACUACUCCCUCCCUGGCCUCAUCCUCAUCCCUUUGAUAAUUAGUUAUGCUAAUGCUAUGGACUAG